AUGAGCAGCUCAUCCAGCCCAGCUGAGUUCUACAGGGACAGGACCUCCCUCGUGUCCAUAGACUCUAGCGUCUUCUACAGCGAGCCCCCUCUUGUCUGUGACGACCCACUGGACUUCUUCACCAUCAACGUGGGAGGUAGCCGCUACGUUCUCUCGCAGGAGCUGCUGGCAUCCCACCCAGAAACCCGUCUGGGCAAGCUGGCCCUGUCCACACGGGACUCUGCCCUGGAGCUCUGUGACGACGCUGACUUCCUGGAGAAUGAGUUCUUCUUCGACCGCAGCUCACAGACCUUCCAGUAUGUGAUUAACUUCUACCGCACAGGCCACCUGCAUGUCAGGGAGGAGCUUUGCGUGCUCUCCUUCUUCCAGGAGAUUGAGUACUGGGGCAUCGACGAGCUCUGCAUCGACCCCUGCUGUCGGGAACGCUACUACCGCCGCAAGGAGCUCAAGGAGAGCCUGGACAUGCGGAACGAGGCUGAGACUGACGAAAGCCAGGACGACGACUUCAACGGCACGGCGUGCCCAGAUCUCCAGCGGCGCCUGUGGGACCUGCUGGAGAAGCCAGAGUCUUCACGAGCAGCACGCGCCUUCGGCACGCUGUCCAUCAUCUUCGUGGCGGUGUCCAUUGUCAACAUUGUGCUCAUCUCGCUGGACCUGGGGAAUGUGUGUGGGAACAGGAGCGGUGACGAGAGCGGGGGCAAUGAUGGGGGUACACCUUUCUUCGUGGACGCACUGGAAUAUGUGUGCGUGGUGUGGUUCACCGGCGAGCUGGUGUUGCGCUUUGUCUCUGUGAGCGACAAGUGCCGCUUCACCCGUAGUGUUCCCAAUGUGAUCGACCUGCUAGCCAUCCUGCCCUUCUAUGUGACUCUGGCAGUUGAGAGUCUGCACGGUGGCUCUACAGAGCUGGAGAACAUGGGCCGCGUGGUGCAGGUGCUCAGGCUCAUGAGGUCCCUCCGCAUGCUCAAACUAGGACGCCACUCCACAGGCCUCAAGUCCCUGGGCCUGACCAUCACCCAGUGCUACGAGGAGGUGGGUCUCUUGCUCCUCUUCCUCUCCGUGGGCAUCUCCAUCUUCGCCACGGUGGAGUUCUCCCUGGAGCAUGACAUCCCCGGUACCACCUUCAGCAGCGUGCCAUGUGCCUGGUGGUGGGCCACCACCUCCAUGACCACGGUGGGCUACGGAGACAUCCGCCCCGACACCACCCUGGGCAAGGUGCUGGCCUUUCUCUGCAUCUUGUCUGGCAUCCUGAUCUUGGCACUGCCCAUCGCUAUCAUCAACGAACGCUUCUCUGCCUGCUACUUCACUCUCAAGAUGAAGGAGGCGGCGCUGCGGCACGGGGAGGCGCUCAAGAGGCUGGCGCGGGGUUCACUGGGUGACUCGGAGGUGGGUGGGGCAGCAAGGGGAGGAGGGGUGAACCUGAGGGAUGUUUACGCCAUGAGUGUGAUGGAGAUGCUGAGGCUGCAAGGGAGGGAGAGGGCCAGCACACGUAGUAGGGGAGGGGGUGAGCUCUGGUGGUAGUGUGGAAGAUGGAGCACAAGAGCGGCUGUGGAGAAAAAGCUAUGGAAAAGUUAAGUCAUUGGGUUAAAGAUGGAAUCCGCUGGAAUCUGCCCCACCACUGUUAUUGUUUUUGUUUCCGAGCUGAGGAGCGUCGCGAAGCAUGGUAAAAAUGUAAAUCGGUUCAUACUGUGCUCUUUUAUCACACGUGCAAUGAUGUCAGAGGGGUAAAAACUGUGCAAACUGACGUGGUUGUUUCACCAUUAAGGAUUUCAGCUUUAAGAACACCAUCAGAAUAUGACAAUGUGUACAAUGUAUAGGACAUAUCUAAAGGAUGAUGAGGGGACAACUUUCAUGGCUAACCUUUUUCAGUGUUGUGUUCUGACAACUAUUGCAUGUUCUGUCUCCUCUGUAUG